CCCAGCCUUCCUCAGCCCCUGAUCCAUAUUGUGGGAGUUUAUUUGCUUGAAAUAAAAAAGGGGUUUUGUUGCUUUUUUUGCUUAAAAAAAAUCACCUUUAAAAACAUUCUCUCUCUCUUUAUUUUUUUGCUUAGCUUCACUCCACCUGAAGAUGUAAUGGUCAGUUUAUUGUUUUAAGCGCUUCCAAGCUCUGCUCAGGAUUCUGCUCUGAAAUCUAACAAGGACUCCAGGUAGCGGAUGGAGCACUUUCGGGCUUCACUGGAAUGUAUAAAUAUAGAAAGAGAGCUCUUCCACCCCACCCCUCUCGCCUUGCAGAAAGCCCUCUUCCAAAAAAAAACCCGGAGGAUGCGCGGCCUUUUUCCUGGUUUGCUUUGAAGAAGAGGAAACCUUCGCCUCGUUCCCACCGUGUCCUUCUGGGUCAAUCUUCUCUCCUCCAGCGCUGUCCACCCCUCCCCUCAUUUACCUUUUUUUAAAAAAAAUAAAUGAUAAUAAUAAUAGUAAUUGAGGCGAUUAAAGAGCUAUCCUGUCCAAACCAUCGGCAUCGCGGAAUGAAUGAGCAAAUCGAAUAAACCGUGCGCUCCAAAACGAGAUGGUAAGGGCAGAAACGGAUAGUCAGUUCCACAGUCCUUAGAGCUCUUUGGUUUAAUCUGCAUCCUUAUUGUGGUUUUGUUUCGUUUUUUUUAAUCCCUGACAUUGACUUUUGACAUAUUUCACUGGAAUCGAGAGGGGGGAAAAUUCUCGCCGGACCCCAUUUUAUUGGGGCUACGGAAAGAAAAUGCGUCAGCUGAUUCCAGUGUCGUUUGUGUGAAUGCUCUGGAUGUUGUUUUGUGACACCCUCCCCGCUUUUCUUUCCUCUUUUGAUCGGAACCUGUGUUUACAGUCCCAGGGUCUAAUGGAAAUCUGUAUCUCCUCUGAACCGUCCGCUUCUGUCAAGACAACUGCGGGGAGAAAGUAGCGACCCAGCAGCCUGCGUGCUCUUACUCUUCCCCUAGGAGCGAAGCUGCUGGAGAAAUUCCUUCGACACAAUGGAUGGAGGCAGGGACCGGCGGCCAAUUGUUCUCCAUACUGUACCCUCAGCUGAAACGGGGAGAGAAUUGCGGGGGGAAAGGAUGCCAGGUCGUGAUCGAGGGGGAGGAAACCCCAACCUUGCCGUCCUUUAUUUUUUUCUUAAGGAAGUGAAGCGCUAAAUAAGAGGGAACUUUUUCUCCAAGGGGGCUGCGAGUUGAAGGCCAUGAAUUUCGAAUUUGAGCGAGAGAUUGGUUUUAUCAAUAGUCAGCCAUCGCUCGCUGAGUGCCUGACAUCUUUUCCCCCUGUCGGUGAUACAUUUCAAAGUUCAUCAAUCAAGAACUCGACGCUUUCACACUCGACACUGAUUCCUCCUCCUUUUGAGCAGACCAUCCCCAGCCUGAACCCAGGCAGCCACCCUCGCCACAGCAGCAGCAGCCGCCCCAAGCACAGCCCCAAUGCCAGCAGCGGCAGCCCAGUGCCAGCCGGCGCCCUCCAGCCUCCGGAAUACCCCUGGAUGAAGGAGAAAAAAGCCUCCAAGAAAACUGUCCUGCCGCCUCCUUCGGCCUCCGCCACUGGACCAGCCUGCCUGAGCCACAAAGCAGAAUCUCUGGAGAUUUCCGAAAAUGGGACCGGGGGCUCCAGGAGGCUGAGGACUGCUUAUACCAACACGCAGCUCUUGGAGCUGGAGAAGGAAUUCCAUUUCAACAAGUACCUCUGCAGACCAAGGCGGGUGGAGAUCGCCGCUCUCCUGGACCUGACCGAGAGGCAAGUCAAGGUGUGGUUUCAGAACAGGAGGAUGAAGCACAAGAGGCAGACCCAGUGCAAGGAGAACCAGAACAGCGAAGGGAAAUUCAAAGGCUUGGAGGAUCCCGAGAAACCAGAAGACGACGAGGAGGAGGAGGAAGAGGAGGAGGAGGAGGAGAAAUCCCUCUUCGAGCAAGCCCUCAACAAUGUCUCAGGCGCGCUUUCGGAAAGGGAAGGCUACACUUUUCAGCAGAAUGCACUAGCGCAACAGCAGGCUGUCACUGUCCACAAUGGAGAGUCCCAAAGUUUCCCAGUUUCGCCUUUAACGAGCAAUGAGAAAAAUCUGAAACAUUUUCAGCAUCAGUCACCCACUGUUCCCAACUGCCUGUCAACAAUGGCCCAGAACUGUGCAGCUGGCCUGAACAAUGACAGUCCUGAGGCCCUGGAGGUGCCUUCUUUACAGGACUUCAGCGUUUUCUCCGCAGAUUCCUGCCUACAGCUCUCCGACGCCGUCUCCCCCAGCCUGCCAGGGUCCCUCGACAGCCCUGUAGAUAUUUCAGCUGACAGCUUUGACUUUUUUACAGAUACACUCACCACAAUUGACUUGCAGCAUCUGAAUUACUGAGACCAACUUUUUCGAAAAGGGUUAUUUUCCCCCUCUCCUUUUCCUUUUUUGGGGGAGCGGGAGGGGGAGGGGGAUGACUUGAUUUAAUUUCUUUCCCUUUUCCUGGUCAGUAUUUUCCUGAUUAUUUUUAUUUUUCCUUCUCGGUGUGUUGGAGAGCUUAUUUUGCCGUUUGCCUAUGACAUUUUUAGUUGUGUCCGGUUCUAAACCUAGUCCCAUUCUAGGUCCUUCUAUGAAAAGCAAUAUAUAAGGCCUGUAAGAAAGUGAUCAUAUCAAAAUUGUAUCUUCACUUUCUUUUUAUUUUUGUAUUACAUUAGGAUGCGUUGUCAUAAGUAUUUUUGGUAGAAUAAAUUCUUGUUUGCUACAA